UGCGCGCACUUUGCACAAGGUCUAGUUGACUGAAUAACGCUGCAUCAUGAAUCCACCAAUUGAAGAGGGAGAUUUGAAAACGUUGCUUAUCAAGCUGAACCAUGUAUGCAUGAAAUGGAGAAAGCUCGGCAGGGCUCUGGGGAUGCAGACACGACAGUUAGACAUCAUCGAGGCGAACGCGAGUCAGUCGAGGGAGUCGGUGGAGCGAACGCUGGAGAGGAUGCUAAUUGAGUGGUUGAAUUCGGGCGAAACUCGUUGGUCGGACCUCGUUAAAGCGUUAGACAGUCCACUUGUCUCCCAGACCGUCCUGGCGAAAGAGAUUCGAAAUGAGCAUUGCCGCGAUUUUAUUCUGCCGUCUGAAAAGACGAUACGCCAGCAGUCACCGCCGCGCCGUCGGGAGCACCAUCGGGAGCAUCAUCGGGAGAACCAUUGGGAGCACCCAUUCCGAUGUGAUGAUAGACGAGGCACUGCAGCUCUGCUAACGGGAGUAAUCAGCCUGUGCGUUGUUUUUGCAUUUGGAGGAAUCACACUGAUGGUUGUAGGCAUCAGUGGGCUGGUGGAUGGUGACGAUGACUAUCGAUGCUCCUUGGGACCAACGGACGUAUUCAAUUCUCUGAAUCUCAUAACAGGAGUCGUGUUCCUCAGCGGUCUGGCGAUCUUGAUCGUUUACCUUUUCUUUUUCUUCUUCAACAAUAUCAAUAAGAAAGUCGAGAAGGUCGUAACGGUGGGAGCCAUUGCUACGAGUCUGGUGUUGCUCGUGGUUGAUGUGAUCUACUCGUUCUACGCCGCGUCAGAGUUGCUGCCUGCCGUGGAGAGGUGGGAGCGAAACAAGACGCUGUGCCACGAAGCAAUCUUCCGUUCCUCGUUCGGGAUUAUCGUCACAUAUUUUCUGAUCAUCUUUGUUCUCAUUGUCGUGGGAGCUGUGGCAUUGUCUUACUCUGUCUACCUGGGAAUUGGACAUCUUAAGAGGAAGUUGAGAGGUGACAAUAGGUAGUUUGAACAAGUAUAAUAGCCAUGUUUAGCAAUGGAACAAAUAUAUUCUUUUUAGUAU